AAAACUCAGGGUACUCAGUCAUGGCGAGGUCCAAGCCCAAGCUAUCUUACAUCUCAGUACCAGCCCAAAACAUCCCUUCUCUUUCUACGACUUCCAUUAAUUCCUUUAUCAUCUCUCCGAAAAAACCAUCAAAGCAUUCAAAUAAGCUCACGAGCUCCAUUAAAACAAGGCUAUGGGCCUUCAUUUUAAUCUCCUUUGUGUUCUUCACCAUAAAAAUGGCUUUCAGACUUGACCCAUUUCUCCCUCUAUCUCAUUACCCAUGUUCUCUCUCUAGGGAUUCUUCAUCUGUGGGUCAGGUUCCAUUAAAUGUUUCUCAAACUCCAUUGAACGAAGAUUACGGGGAGGCGGCGAGAGAGUUUUGGGCUCAACCAGAUGGGUUGGGGUAUAGGCCUUGCUUGGGUUUUAGCAGGGAGUAUAAGAGAGAAAGUGGGGUUAUGGUUAGAGAGAGAAAGAAAUAUUUGAUGGUGGUGGUUUCAGGGGGGUUGAAUCAGCAGAGGAAUCAGAUUGUUGAUGCAGUUGUGAUUGCUCGGAUUCUUGGUGCUGCUUUGGUUUUACCCAUAUUGCAGGUCAAUGUUGUCUGGGGCGAUGAGAGUGAGUUUUCGGAUAUAUUUGAUGUGGAGCAUUUCAAGAAGACCCUCGAGUGCGAUGUGAGGAUCGUUUCCUCUCUUCCAUCCACCCAUCUCAUGACAAGGCCUGUCGAAGAGAAGCGAACUCCUCUUCAUGUCAGUCCUAGCUGGAUUCGCUCUAGAUAUCUUAGGAGGCUUAACAAAGAGGGUCUUCUUCUGUUGAGGGGUUUGGAUUCUAGGCUCUCCAAGGACCUCCCUUCAGAUCUUCAGAGGCUUCGUUGCAAGGUGGCUUUUCACGCAUUGAGAUUUUCGAGUGGUGUUAGAGAGAUAGGGGAGAGAAUUGCAGAGAGGAUGAGGAGAAAGGGGCCUUACAUUGCGCUCCAUUUGAGAAUGGAGAAGGAUGUGUGGGUGAGAACAGGGUGCUCACCUGGUCUGAGCCAUGAGCACGAUAAGAUGAUCAAUAGAGAGAGAAGGGCUCGCCCUGAGCUCCUCACUGCCAGGUCCAACAUGACUUACCAUGAACGGAAACUUGCCGGUCUCUGCCCCUUAAAUGCCAUGGAAGUUGCGAGGCUACUUAAAGCACUCGGUGCUCCAAGAAAUGCAAGAAUAUACUGGGCUGGUGGGAAACCAUUUGGUGGAUUGGAAGCUUUGCAACCAUUGAUUAAGGAGUUCCCAAACUUCUUCAACAAAGAGAACCUCUCAUUACCAGGAGAGCUCGAGCCCUUUGCUAACAAGGCUUCCCUUCUUGCUGCCAUAGACUACAUUGUCUCUGAGAGUAGUGAUGUCUUUAUGCCCUCUCAUGGGGGGAACAUGGGUCAUGCUAUUCAGGGACAUAGAGCCUAUGCUGGUCACAUGAAGCAUAUAACCCCCAACAAGAGAGAGAUGCUCCCUUACUUUUUAGACAACUCCUUACCUGAAUCUGAGUUCAACCGAGUCAUCAAGGAACUCCACAAGAACUCAUUGGGUCAACCGGAUAUUCGAACUGGAAAAACAGGCCGAGAUGUGAUUGCCUACCCUGUUCCAGAAUGCAUGUGCAAUGAUGCUAGUAGAAGUGGCAAUUUCCAUAAGAGAUAAGGACAGUAUACUGAGGAUGAUGUGAAAAUCCAUGGCCUUUGGGACCAUCACGGUCUCAUUGUCCAUUGCAAUGAUGGAUAAUGAUGGAGAGAGAAUGGGAUCUAUUGAAAUGAAACUAUAUCCCAUUGGUGAUCUUCAUCACCUUGCAUCAUAUCAAUAAGUGGACCACGAGGACUAUACAGUAUUCGAUUCUCUUUGGCUUCCCCUUUGUAUGUUAUCGCUCUUGCCCUAGAGACACAUGUGGAUCAAAUCAUGGUUGACUUCAUCUUAGUGUUUGCAUGCAUGGACUGAUGCCUGCAUGUGCAUUUGCUUGUGCAUGUACACAUGCUUUUGUAUUUGUACAUCUCCGCAUAUUAGCCUUAUAGAACAGUAGUGCGACAUUGACAAGUAGGUGGUUCGAUCAAAUUGGUUUUUGUGUUCAAGAUCACUGAGGUAUUUGGCUGAUGAGUGCUUCUUAUAUUUGUGUAUGCAUAGAGGUUCUUACAGUGAAGAAAAUGUGGUAAAUGUCAGCUCAAGGAAGAUGAAUUGGUGAGAUACGAAGGCUCAAAAGAUUUAAGAAAAUCAUUAUUUGGGCCGCUUUUCUUUAGCUGAGAAGAGAUAGGCAAUUGAAGAUGGUUGGCAUUAGUAGUUUAGUUUUUUUUUUCUUUCUUCCCUUCCUGGUAUUGGAAGGGAAUUUUGGGGGCUAUUCAUUUAUUCUUUGUACUGUAAAUAUACUUAUGAAGCAUUUAUACAGAUAAUUUUUGGUAACAGAA